UUGCUUUUUGUCAUUUUGCCUGUUUAUCUCGUAGCUCCGUUCCAAACUUUUGCUGAAGGGAACUGAGAAAUGAUUUGAACAGCGAUAAAUGUGGAAAUCACAGAUCCAAAACACUGCCAGAACUCAGCAUUGCUCAACAAAAACUUUGUACAUUUUAACAAGUGAAAAAGCACCAGCUUUAGACAGAGAUGAAACCAUGCAAAUCAGAAGAAAGAAACGGAGUUACUGACUACAAAAUUCUGUGGUAAAAGCAGUACACAUUUAAGAAAAACAGAUCAGAGAUGUACAGAAAAAAAGUUCAACAGAUUGGCUGGAUGCUUCAUGUAUGGCAAACAUUUUAUUAGCUACUGACCAAAGCAGUAGAAACUCUUACACUCUUCUUGUUUGCAGAUCAUGAGAGUUCAGAAAAGCCCAUGGAAUUAUAUGUGAUUCAUAAUGUGAUUUACAAGCUGUGUUGUAGCAUGCACUGGGACGAGGUGGGGGAUGAAAGGAUAGAGCACAGCUCUGGUGAAGAAGACCAGGGGUAGUGCUGGAAGGAAAGCUGGACAUGAGUCAAAGCAAUGUGCCUUCACAGCCCAGAAAGCCAACCUGCAUUAUAAGAAGCGUGGCUAGCAGGGCAAAGGAUGUGAUCCUGCCCCUCUACUGUGUGUUGGAGAGGGCUUUGGCCUCUUGGCAAGCGAAAUCCUACUGAACCUCCUGGUUCCAGUGGGGCAUCAUUGUGACAGCACGCAUUGUGAUGACGGUGCUUCUGCCACUCCCACCAUAGAUUCACAACGAUCACCUAGCGAUGCCCCACCAGAACCCCCAGGAGGUUCAGUAGGAUUUCGCUUACCAAGAGGCACAGCAAAGACUGCUUCGUUGCAGGAAUGUCUCCAAGGACAAAUCCCAGUUUCACUGAGCGAAGACGCUCCCGCCCUGCGGAAAGGGGUCAAGGAUCAGCUCGUGAUGCUCAUUCCCAGGCCCUCGUCAACUGCAACCCAGACCUUGGGGGAGAGAGCCCUCGGCUCCUCGAGCAGCGCAGGCCGAGAUCUGGCCAGAAGAGGAGAGCCGCGGCCGCUCCCCGCUCUUUUUACUGCCAGCACUGCAUGCCGGCAGCGGGUCCGCCAGCCGGCACCCAGGCGGUGGAGGCCGCGGGGCCCCGGCCACGCAAGCGCCGAAGGACGGCCCGCAGCCGACGCCAGGUCGGAGCCGCGACCACGCGGCCAGCGCGUGCCGGAAGCAGGCGGCCCGCGGGCCAGUCCCUGCCGCCACGGAGCGGCGGCCGGAGCCCUGGUGGCUUCUUUGUGUCUCAGCUCUUGUUCGCCGCUUCGCCCUUCGUGGGAGACGGCUCGGCACGCGGCCCAGCGCGGUGGGAACCUCCCCGGCACCCGGGAGCGCGAGAGCGGCGGGCUCCUGGGGCCGCCCUGCCUUUCCACGCCUCGCCCGUCGCGGUGAGCGUGCAGCAAGAAGUCAGGGUGAUGGCACCGGAGUGGGAGCCCUGCGAAGCCCCGCGGCGCCAGCGUAGUGCCCGCGGCUCCGGCUGGGUGGAAGCAGGCUGCUGGCUGAGCAUCUGCGGCUCCGGCUGUGUGGAGGGAGGCAGCUGGCUGCGCGGCUGCGGUGGAGGUGACCGAUGGGCGCCCUAGGGACAGCGGGGGCGUCAGCAGAGUAGAGCUGGUAGAGCGAUAGUUCUGAAGAUAAGAUAUCUUGCUAAUAAAUUAGUUCGGUUGUUCGUCACGUCCUUUCGUUCGUUCGUUCAUUCCUUCAGCGGCGAGAUCGAGAUCGCGGGGGAAAUUGUUUGUCGAAGGCUAAGCAUGCUUUGCAGUCUGCCACGCCGCAGCUCGGCUCCUGACGCUUUCAUUGGUCCCCCAGCUCGGCCGCGGGCACUUCGCUGCA